AGGUCAACAGAGAGUAUCAGUGAUUAGACAACCCAUCAUCACACUCUUAACUUCUUCAGCCGUCUUCAAGACAACAUUUAUCCUUCGAAUCUAUCUUGAUACACAUCAAAGAGGUCCAAUAUGUCUUUGUGCUGCGGUUCAGUGUGUCUACUGGUCUUGCUGGGAGUUGUCUUGGCAAUUGGGAGUCCUCUCCAUUCUAACUCUGAGGAACUAAAAGAUCACCAUGAGUCCAUCGCAAACAUUCUGAAUCUGAAGAGGCCAGAGAUCAGUACUCAUCCUCUCUUCAAUUCUGUCAUUCGUAGCAUCAACACCUCCUGCCAGAGAAAAGAAGAACUUCAGCUCAUGAACGCCACUCUGGACGUCUACAUGAGGAUCUUCUCCAGUGUGUUGAAGCACAGCAACAACCCCCAGACCCCGACUCUGCUGGACCAAUUUCCUCAGGUGGAGUCGGAUCUGAGGAAUCUUCAGGAGAAGACGGAGAAGAUGAAGAGACGCCUGGACGACCUGAGCCAGCUGAACCACAACAGAGAGGACGUGCUCCGCAAACUGAACAGAAUAAAGGUUGACGACCACGAGGUUCAGAAGCGGGCUCUGGCUCAGUUCAGAGAGAUCUACCAGGCGGCUUCUGUGAUUGACCACAGAUCAUGUGGCCCCGCCCACUCCUCUGCUUAAUGAUCGACCAUCAAGACGAUAACCAAUCAUUUCUCUGGACUACAAGUAUUCUCAAGUUAUCAUAAUCUUCAUGUUUUUAUUGUUUUAUAACUGAGUUAAUCUAAGUGAGGUUUCCAUGACAACACCGCUCCACUGUUACAGUUUGACACGUUAUUUAAGGUUUUAAAUAUUUCACAAUCCAGUCACUUCACUGAGUCAUAUUUAUGUUUGAGCUAAUUUAAUAUAAUUUAUGAUUAAUUUAAACUUAAGUUAUUUCUGUGUUUGUUUGAAUAA